UUCACUUUCAACACCAGCUCCAAAAUUUCACCUCUGAACUGCCACCUCACAGGCAAAAAGCCCUGUCUACCAUUGGAGACUAUCACAUACCUAGCCCAACUUCAGCUACAAGUCUUGACUGCCCUGCAACUGCUCAGACCGGUUUAAACACAGAAACACAUCCAACAACUUUUACGGGCCAAUAACCUCGAGCACAGUUCAUCCGCCGCACGUUUGGGUUUCAAGGCCUGUGAGGGUCGGGCUCGCCUGGGUUCGCUUGGUCGCCGUUUAGCCUCGCAUUUCUCACAGUUGAACCUACCCAAUCAGUCACAACGGCCGCUCGUCAAACGCCUCGCUCGGUAUUUCAUUCUAGUCCAAUCCGAAAACUGGGCUGUUGUUCCUUCUGUUUCUUUUUUUUUAUUCUCUCGUAACCUCAUCUGCCUUCUCGACUGCCCUCGUUUGCUGGCCACGCGCUGAACGGGCUUUAUGAGAUCCCCGCGCACAACCACCAAACUCCCCGUGCUUUUCAGGCGGUUGGCCCUAGCCGGCGGUUGGUCCAAUAGUUUCCAUCCAGGCUACCACAUCGCACGGCGCGUUGGGGUGGCCCAGCAUCCCGUCUUGGCCCUGCAGCAGCAAAGCUGCUCGGCCUCCUCAGUCACAUCGUUGGCUGCUGGCACAGGCGUGGAGAGCUCAACCUUCAAGCUCGGCUCACAUUCUACCUAUUGUCCGAUCGAGGCUACGGCGCCCCAACAAGGCAAUAUGGCGGACACCAAGCCGCGGCGUCGAAAUCGCAAGAAGGCCGGACGUAACUCACGUGGCGCCGCCAGCGCGGGCGAGACCGAUGUUGGAGCGCCGUCAUCUUCUCAGCCUGCCCUUGAUCCCGAUGCGCCUCAGGCGGCCGCCGUAUCAGAACACCAGGAAGGCGCGAACCACCUCACACUGUCGCCAGCAUCCUCGGACCUCAUCGGCCGGCUGGCCCAGAUGAUCCACGCUAACGGUGUGGGCACUGGCGGCGCGCCAGCGCCCACGUGGGCGCCUCCAGGCCAGCCGGCCCCGAUGUUCCAGCAGGCCCUGCCGCCUUUCCACGGAGCAUCGGGCUGGACCACGAUAAACCACCCUGCGCCGCCAACUUGGACCACCAUCAACCCGCAGGCGCCACCGUGGAUGCCCACAAACCAGCCACCGCCUCCGUUUGCGGUGCCGACCUCACCUCCACCCGUCGUCGGCUCCCCACUCGAGGACUACAUCCGCCAGAGCCUCCGCGCCAACCCCACCAGCAGCCCACUCAACCAGCAGCCGACACAGCACUACUCGACGCAGACGACCGCAGGUGCCCCUCGCUCCCCGCGCCUCGACGAGCCGGCGCGGCCCGACGAUCCGGCCCUCAACGCUUCCCCCGCCGCCGCCGCCACCACGAAGGGCAACAAGUCCAAGUCCCUCCGCAAGUCCGCGUCCAAGGCCUCCCUGAAGGAUCACAAGGGGGGCAGGUCGUCCGAGGAGCAGCGCGACCCCAUCGUGCCGCCCUCGCCCGAGUCGGGCGGCGUCCCGGAGCCGGCGCCGGCCUACCUGCUCCGCGCGUCCUUCACCACCAACCGCGUGGACGCGCCGCGGCCGCUGCUCGUGGUGCUCGACCUCAACGGCACCCUGCUCUUCCGCCCGCGGCGGCGCGAGCCCAAGCACUUCAUCGCGCGCCCGCACGCCCGCACGUUCCUCGAGUACAUCGCCACCCGCUUCUGGGUCGCCGUCUGGUCCUCAGCCCGCCCCGGCAACGUCGGCUCCAUGAUCGACAGCCUCCUGCCCCGAGACGGGCCCGCCCGCGACCGCCUCGUCGCCGUCUGGUCCCGCGACGACCUGGGCCUUUCCAGGGACGACUACGGCCGCCGCGUGCAGGUGUACAAGCGCCUGUCGCGCCUCUGGGCCGACGCCCGCGUCGCCCGCUCCCACCCGGACUUCGCCGCCACGGGCGCCUGCUGGGGCCAGGGCGACACCGUCCUCGUCGACGACUCGGUCGAGAAGGCCCGGAGCGAGCCCCACAACCUCGUCUGCGUCCCCGAGUGGGCCGGCGACGCCCACGAGGCGCCAGAGGUCCUGCCCCGGGUCCACGACUACCUCAACGAGCUGUGCUACCAGAGCGACGUCAGCACCUACAUCCGCGCCAACCCCUUCCGCAUCGAGUGAUGGUGGGGUGCGUGCGUGCGUAGUGCCGUAUAGGGCGGGUUUGUGGCGCUUUGAGACGCCCUCUUCUUCCAUCUCAUCCUGUCCGUGUCCUCCAUUGCGGACUUUUUUAUAAUCCCAGUCUUUAUUCACUUUACCAGUGCACGCUUGUUUCGGCCCAAAUGUGAUUACCCAUGACCCGAGUCUAUUCUGGGUCGCGAAAGUGUGACAACAUGUGUACUCCGGGCGGCAAAGUCUCAACGAGAAGGGAAACGCCCUCUCUUGUUGGGCAUCGGAAUCGCCGCCCUGGAUGAUGACGCUUGGUCCGAGAAGGGCGUGCCAAAUUUGUGUAGUCUGCUGGGUUCCUUUACCCCCUCGCGUUGCAUAUUGUAGCAUGGACUGGAGGGUGUAGCAACUUUCGUGUGUGUAAAUGGCAGUGUCAUCAACUUGACGGGCUGGGCUGCGAAUCAAGGACACCCGCUACAGAAUCAAGUCAAGAACCAUCUCGCAGUGCUUGAUUGCCAAAUGGUAUUCAUCUCAACGGAGAAAGUUACGCUAGCUAACAUGCUCCAUACGAUGGCCAAUGAUGCGUGCUGUGUGCCAUACAUGAAGUGACCACAGGGUCAUAUCUCCUCCAUCUCCCAUUGCUCCUCCCCAUCCGUCCCAGUCGUAACAUCAUUUACUCCCACCCUGGCUUCCAUUCCAUCAUGCCUAUCACCGUACCCAACCAACCAUUCCUUCCGUCCCUACCAUUAUUCCCAGCCAAACAAAGUGAACAUCACCCUAUACCCUUUUUCCCCAUUCAUUGUGAUUUUUUGCUUUUUUUUUUUGUUGUGUU